AUGACGCGCAUGAACAUCAUUCUUGGCACAAUGACCUUUGGCAAGACCCCUGCCUCGCGUAUAACGGACCCCAAUACAGUGAACGAGAUUAUCAAUGUUUUCGGUAGCCAUGGAUACAAGGAACUUGACACGGCACGCGUUUACUGUGAUGGCACUACAGAGGAGGUGCUCGCCGACUUGCAGGUGUUUGAUAAGUUCAAGGUGGCUACCAAGGUGGCACCACGUCAACCAGGCGAUCAUCAACCCGAGCGUUUGAAGGCCAUUUUUCAGAAGUCGCUGGAGGCAUUGAAAACGGAUAAGGUUGAUAUCCUUUAUCUUCAUGCACCGGAUCAUAGUACACCCAUCGAGGAUACGUUGAGCGCUGUCCAAGAGAUUUAUGAAAAAGGACAUUUUGAACGGUUUGGCCUUUCCAAUUAUGCAGCUUGGCAAGUCAGCGCUAUUUGUGAAAUCAUGCGAAAGAACAAUUGGGUUCAACCCACAGUUUAUCAAGGCAUGUACAAUGCAUUGACUCGUGACGUUGAACAUGAGCUCUUCCCUUGUUUGAAGCACUAUGGCAUCCUCUUCAAUGCUUAUAAUCCCUUGGCCGGUGGUUUGUUGAGCCCGCAUUAUGAAAACAUGGCAACCCGCGUUGAAUCCAAUUCUCGUUUUGAUCCUGAAACCAACCAAGGCAAAAUGUACCGCGAUCGAUACUGGAACCAAACGUACUUUGAUGCUAUCAGCAAGGUGCACCAAGUAGCCAAGGAGAGUCAAUUGAGUCCUACCGACAUUGCAUUACGCUGGAUGGUCCAUCAUUCAUUGCUCAACAAAGACAAAGGAGAUGGUGUUAUCAUUGGUACAUCCUCUGUCGCUCACACCGAGCAAAAUCUCAAGGCUGUCGAACAAGGUCCAUUACCCGAACAUGUCCUCGAUGCUUUGAAUGCUGCUUGGGAAGUAGCAAUGGUAAAAUGCCCACCUUAUUAUCGCUAG